AUGGAACCAGGCUUCGAUGAUGCAGGUAUCUUUUACAGUGAUAACUUUGGACCGGACGAUCAGACAGACGAAGCGCAAAUUGAUAGGCAGCAAGUGAAACGUCGUUUUAAGCAGUUUAUUCGUGAGUUCCAUGAAGGGAACUUCUCAUAUCGGUACCGAGACCAGCUAAAACGCCACUACAAUUUGAAGCAAUACUGGCUUGAGGUGGACCUUGAUGAUGUCAGUAGCUAUGAUGAAAGUCUUGCUGAGAAAUUACUAAAACAGCCAUCAGAACAUCUGCCACUUUUUGAGGAUGCAGCUAAGGAGGUUGCAGAUGAAAUUACACGACCUAGACCUGAAGGGGAAGAGGAUGUCGAGGACAUUCAGGUUAUGCUGAAUUCUGCGUCCAAUGCUUGUGGAAUUCGUGAGCUGAAGUCAGACCAAAUGUCAAGACUGGUAAAGAUCCCUGGCAUUGUGAUUGUGGCCUCUGCCAUCAGAUCCAAAGCAAUUCGCCUGGCCAUUCAGUGCCGCAGCUGUUCUAAUGUCAUUAACAACAUUCAAGUGAAACCAGGGCUUGAAGGUUACACCUUACCGAGGAAAUGCAACACAGAGCAGGCUGGCAGACCAAAAUGCCCAGUAGACCCUUUCUUCAUUGUUCCAGACAAGUGUCGCUGUGUGGAUUUCCAGACGUUGAAACUACAAGAAGCUCCUGAAGAUGUCCCAAAUGGUGAACUGCCUAGACAUCUUCAGCUGUAUUGUGAUAGAUAUUUAUGUGACAGAGUAGUGCCUGGGAACAGGGUUACUAUAAUGGGAAUAUACUCCAUUAAGAAAGCAACUAAACCCUCAAAAAGAAAUGCAAAGGACAAGGUCAAUGUCGGCAUCAGACAGCCUUACUUCCGUAUUGUUGGGGUCAAAGUUGACACGGAAGGAGCUGGGAGGUCGGUGCCCACACUGACUGCAGCAGAAGAAGAUGAUUUCAGGCGGCUGGCGGCUUCUCCCAACAUCUAUGAAACCCUGGCCAAGAGCAUUGCUCCGUCUAUUUAUGGCAGCGUUGAUAUGAAAAAGGCCAUAGCUUGUCUGCUGUUUGGUGGUUCCAGAAAGAGAUUGCCAGAUGGUUUGACCAGAAGAGGAGACAUUAAUCUUCUCUUGCUUGGUGAUCCUGGCACAGCUAAAUCACAGUUACUGAAAUUUGUUGAAAGAUGUUCACCUAUUGGAGUCUAUACAUCUGGAAAAGGAAGCAGUGCUGCUGGUUUGACAGCUUCAGUGAUGAGAGAUCCCUCAACUCGUGGAUUUGUAAUGGAAGGAGGUGCCAUGGUGUUGGCAGAUGGUGGUGUGGUUUGCAUUGACGAGUUCGACAAGAUGAGAGAAGACGAUCGAGUUGCAAUACACGAAGCUAUGGAACAGCAAACCAUUUCUAUUGCCAAAGCAGGAAUCACGACCACCUUGAACUCGCGCUGCUCUGUUCUUGCUGCAGCCAACUCUGUCUUCGGUCGUUGGGAUGACACAAAAGGUGGAGAGAAUAUUGAUUUCAUGCCCACCAUUUUGUCUAGGUUUGAUAUGAUAUUCAUUGUGAAGGAUGAACACGACGAGGCUCGGGACAUGACUCUAGCCAAGCAUGUGAUGAAUGUUCACUUGAAUGCUAUGCAAACAACAGAAGAAGUGCAGGAAGGGGAAGUCCCAAUUAAUAUUCUGAAGAAAUACAUUGCAUUUUGCAGAAGCAAAUGUGGGCCUCGUAUCUCAGAAGAAGCUGCUGAAAAGCUCAAGAACAGAUAUGUCCUAAUGAGGAACCAUGCCAGUGAGUACGAGCGAGAAACAGGCAAAAGAAUCACUAUUCCCAUUACUGUAAGACAACUGGAGGCAAUUAUUCGUAUUGCCGAGUCCCAGGCUAAGAUGAGGCUGUCACCCUUCGCCACAGAGUCUGAUGUAGAUGAAGCACUUCGACUGUUUCAGGUGUCCACACUGGAUGCUGCAACUUCAGGCAAUUUAGCUGGUGCUGAGGGAUUUACAACAGAAGAGGAUCAAGAGUUGUUGAGUAGGAUUGAGAAGCAGGUGAAGCGAAGAUUUGUGAUAGGAUCACAGGUGUCUGAACAUGCCAUCAUUCAGGAUUUCACUAGACAGAAAUAUCCUGAAAGAGCAAUCCACAAGGUCUUGUCAUUGAUGCUUCGCAGAGGAGAAAUUCAACACAGAAUGCAAAGGAAGGUUCUUUUCAGAGUGAAAUAG